UCCCUGAUUGGACGACAGGGACGCCUGUAUCAGGAGCUGAAAUGCUCUUUGCUGCCGUCACUCUGGAGCGUGGCUUCCCUGUGUGCCACGGCCUGUGUCCUCCCCUACGCAGCUGUUGUGCACGGUUAUAGUGCUGUGACAAGAGAGGACCCCCAGGAGGGGGCAACCAUGGCCUCAUCACCAGGACACCACCAAGAUGGCUCCUGCUGCUCCCACCACAUGGCCGUGCCGAGUGUUCACCAGACUCUGGACGAGAUGGAUUUCGAGAGAGGGAUUUGGUGUGCCGCUCUGAACGGAGACCUCGAGAGGGUCAAACGACAGAUCCUGAACCAUGGCAAACCCAGUGAGCCUGACCCCUUUGGGUACACAGCUUUGCAUUAUGCCAGCCGCAACGGGCAUCACGCCGUCUGCCGUUUCCUCCUGGAAAGCGGAGCCGCCUGCAAUGCCCGGACCCACGGCGGGGCCACGCCCCUCCACCGAGCCGCUUACUGUGGCCACAUGGAUGUAGCCAAACUGCUGUUGGCCCACGGGGCUGAUCCGGCGCUCGUGGACGACGACGGCCAGAGCUGCCUGCACAAGGCCGCAGAGAACGGACACCAAUUGCUGUGCCAGCUCUUCCUGGAGCAAAACCCAGACCUGAGGCACGUGUGGGACAAGAACCAGAGACGCGCCGGCGACUUGGUUCCCGAUAAGAACGAAGACUUGAGGAGGGAGCUUUUGGACUGAGGGACUUCUUCGUCGAUGACCGCAGAGGAUUUGGAGAUCCUGAGGUUCCAUGUCC